GCAUACGUGUCGCGUCUGGUUCUCGGGUUCUGGUCGUCUCGCUGUCGAUCUGUGCCUAGGCGACUGGUGGUGCGCUGCUCCCUACCUCGGGCUUCAAAGAAUCAAAGUUCACUCCCUCGUUCCUUUGCCACCAUUGUACUACACGCACAGCCUGCAGUGCUUGUGCAUUUCUCCGUAGCUUAGCAUUGCGUAGGGAAAAGGGAGAAAGAUGAGCAGCCACGAGGCGCGCAAGUUCGUGGAGGAGGUGCGCGGCCUGGAGAAGAACUGGAUGCUCGAACUCGGCCACCCGCUCCUCAACCGCGUCGCCGACAGCUUCGUCAAGGCCGCCGGGAUCGGCGCGAUGCAGGCCGUCGCGCGGGACUCCUACUUUAUGGCCAUCGAAGGCGAAUCUGGGGGCACCGGAGCGGUGUCUGACGCGACCGGCAGCAGGAAACGGACGUUCCCGGACCUCAAUGGAGGGACGAGCAACAGCAAGUCAGCGGAGGACAUGGUGAAAAGCGUGAGCAAGGAGUCGUUCCAGUGGGGGCUCGCGGCAGGGAUGCACUCCGGCCUCACCUACGGACUGACGGAGGUGCGCGGGGCCCACGACUGGAAGAACAGCGCGCUGGCGGGCGCCGUCACCGGCGCGGCGGUCGCGCUGACCUCGGACAACGCAUCGCAUGAGCGGAUUGUGCAGUGCGCCAUCACCGGCGCCGCGCUGUCCGCCGCCGCCAACGUGCUCUCGGACAUAGUUUAGGCCUCGUUUGGUUAAGGGGGAUUGGGAAGGUUUUGAGAGGGAGGAAUUUCACGGGAUUGGGUGAAUCCUUUUUUUCACCCAAUCCUGUCAAAUCCCGGGGUUUUGCUUCCACUCCUCCUCUGAGGAGGGUUUUGAAACACAUGAAUAGGAAUGGAUUAAAGGGGAACGGAGGGGAUUGGCCUAAGCAAACCAAUCCUACCAAAUGGACGCGCGAGGAUCUGUGGGGUUUCUGGGUCCUCGGGGAUUUUCCUCUCAAACCCUUCCCAAUCCACAUUAACCAAACGAGGCAUUAGGGAGUUCAUACCACUCGAUGGCUCCGGCGGAAGUCGAGGGGUAGUAGUAUGCGAAAUGGACUUGUUUAGGCGACCUGUUCCCUUCUUACGAUCUCGGUGUAGCCAGUUGGAAUAAUAACUGUUAUCAUGUACGCUUUGCCUUUAGACCAGGAUCUCUAUUGCCA